CAGCGAGGCUGGCUCUUGGGAUGGGACUCCGGGAGCUGACUGUCUGGCUGAUCGUGGCUGUGGGGCUCGUACAUGUGUCCCUGCAAGGAGAGUUCCAGAGGAAGCUCUAUAAGGAGUUGCUGAAGAAUUACAAUCCUCUGGAGAGGCCUGUGGCCAAUGAUUCCCAGCCGCUCACUGUCUACUUCACUCUUAGCCUCAUGCAGAUUAUGGAUGUGGAUGAAAAGAAUCAAGUUUUAACAACCAACAUUUGGUUACAAAUGUAUUGGACAGAUUACUAUUUACAAUGGAAUAUGUCUGACUACCCCGGAGUGAAGAAUGUUCGUUUUCCUGAUGGUCAGAUUUGGAAGCCAGAUAUUCUUCUAUACAACAGUGCUGAUGAGCGAUUUGAUGCGACGUUUCAUACCAAUGUUUUAGUCAAUUCUUCAGGACACUGCCAAUACCUGCCCCCAGGCAUAUUCAAGAGCUCAUGCUACAUAGAUGUGCGCUGGUUUCCAUUUGAUGUUCAGAAGUGUAAUCUGAAGUUUGGAUCCUGGACCUAUGGUGGAUGGUCCUUGGACUUACAAAUGCAAGAAGCAGAUAUAUCUGGAUACAUUUCAAAUGGAGAGUGGGAUCUAGUAGGAGUUCCUGGAAAGAGGAGUGAGAGUUUUUAUGACUGUUGUAAAGAACCUUACCCAGAUGUGACAUUCACAGUGACUAUGAGACGUAGGACUUUGUAUUAUGGACUCAAUCUUCUCAUUCCUUGCAUGCUGAUAUCGGCACUUGCCCUAUUAGUUUUUCUGCUUCCGGCUGACUCAGGAGAGAAGAUCUCACUAGGUAUAACAGUUUUAUUGUCUCUUACUGUCUUUAUGCUACUUGUGGCAGAAAUUAUGCCAGCAACAUCAGAUUCUGUGCCGUUAAUAGCUCAGUAUUUUGCCAGCACCAUGAUUAUUGUUGGCCUUUCUGUUGUUGUCACUGUUAUUGUUCUGCAAUAUCACCAUCAUGACCCAGAUGGGGGAAAAAUGCCAAAGUGGACAAGAAUCAUCCUUCUGAACUGGUGUGCCUGGUUCCUGAGGAUGAAGAGACCAGGGGAGGAUAAAGUACGCCCUGCCUGUCAGCAUAAGCAGCGUCGAUGUAGCUUGUCAAGUGUGGAUAUGAACACUGUGAGUGGGCAACAAGCCAGUAAUGGGAAUAUGCUCUAUAUUGGGUUCCGGGGGCUGGAAGGGGUCCAUUGCACUCCGACCACUGAUUCUGGGGUAAUUUGUGGGAGGAUGACCUGCUCGCCCACAGAAGAAGAGACUCUCCUGCACAGUGGACACCCCUCUGAAGGUGACCCAGAUUUGGCUAAGAUCUUGGAGGAGGUCCGCUAUAUUGCAAACCGAUUCAGAGACCAGGACGAGGAGGAAGCCAUUUGCAAUGAAUGGAAGUUUGCAGCCUCUGUGGUAGACCGUCUCUGCUUGAUGGCCUUUUCUGUCUUCACAAUCAUUUGUACGAUCGGCAUUUUAAUGUCCGCACCAAACUUUGUAGAGGCUGUGUCUAAAGAUUUUGCUUAAUUCUGCAAAAUGUCUGUGAUCCUCCAAGGUAUUCUAUGUAGCAAAUAGAUGAGUACAUGGUCUUUUUUUU